AUGAAGCUCACUCUCCCAACUGCAACACUCGCACUUUCCUUGCUAGGCGCCGCUGAUGGAGCUCGAAUUGAGACCUACGUUACAACUGGGGCCGCACCCAUUCGUGUUUAUUCGUCUGUCUACUAUGGCGACGACGGCAAGCAUUACAACCUAGGCGCUUUCGAUGACGGUUGCAGGAAAACCAAGUAUGAUUGGAUCAAACAAAUUUGUAUCGACUCAGACAGAGAAAGGGCGCAUGUUGUGUACUCUGGUGGCACACGAAAAUGUUUCAAACUGACAAAGCAGUCAUCUGGCACCUGCGGUGGCCCUUCGGGCUGUUGGGAGAACAUCUGUCAGACAUGUUGGACUUAUGUCUACACUUCGACCAAGUGCACUUGGUGA